ACUGGAAUAUGCUUUUCUCUGCAAAUAUCCUUUCCUCCCCUCACUCUUCUUCCGAUAUUAUUUCCUUACCCAUUUCCGUAUAGACAAAUCCUUCUCUCGUUUUUUCCUCAUCUCUUCGUCCUUGCCUCAUUGUCAUUGCAUCUGAAUUAUUGUGUAAAUUUUCGUUUCCUUUCAUUUUGAUUCUUUUCCUUGUUUGUUUGUCGGGAAAGGAAGAGGAUUAAUGGAGCUUUUUCUGGAGCUAUUUUUUACGGCUAUUAUCGCCGUUCUGUUUUCGUUUCUUGUUGCUAAGCUUGUGUCGGUAGCUAUGUAUGGUGAUCCGACCUCUUACUCGGAUUCCAAGUCGGGGACGGGUGUCCAUGAGGUGGAUGAGUUGCAGUUUCGGCAGCAGAUGAAAGGUCAGUCCUGUGAAGGCGAAAAGAAAAUUGUGUUCGUUGAAGAGAAGGUUGAAAAGGUUGACCGAGUUUGCGAAGACUCUGUUCCGGUUGAGGAGGAAACCGUUGAAUCGGCUGAAGGUGGGGAAAUAUUCGGAACGAAAUGCGAGGAAUUGCGAGAGGAAGUUGCAGAGAAGGAAUCAGAGGUUGCUGGAUCGCGAGGAGUUUCAACGGAGGAAGCGAUGAUUGUGGAAGAGGAUAUAAAAUGCAGCGAUUUAAACGAAGAAGGAAAUGAACGAAAGGAAGUUGAAGAGGAUGUUAAUGACGUCGUUGUUGAGAAAUCCGAGGAGGCCAGGACUCUGGAUACUGAACCAACGGCAAUAGGAGAAGAGAAGAAUGAAGAAUUGUUUAUUGAAGAUGAUGACUGGGAGGGGAUUGAGAGGAGUGAGUUGGAGAAGCUUUUCGCUGCCGCUGCAAAGUUUGUAGAGGAAUCAGGAGAGAAAGGAAACUUGGCAAGCACUGGGAAUGAUGCGCUGAUGGACUUAUACGGACUUCACAAAGUUGCCACCGAAGGGCCUUGCCGUGAGCCGCAGCCAAUGGCUCUCAAGGUCUUUGCGCGUGCUAAGUGGAAUGCUUGGCAAAAGCUUGGGAACAUGAAUCCAGAUGUGGCAAUGGAGCAAUAUAUUGCACUUCUUUCAGAUAGGAUUCCCGGAUGGAGGGAAGAAAGUUCUGCUGCAAAGAGUAAAAAGCAUUCAACGGAAGCAGAAAUUUCAGUUGUACCAGCACCUAAAUCUAGGUCUUUUGCUGGCAAUCAGACCACACUUGCACACGGACGUGGAAGCAUUUCAGAGACGAAGUUUGAUGUUGAUGAAGGUGAUCUGACUGGGGCUUCAAGCUCGGACAACAUGGCUAAAGAAUGAUAAAUGUUACUCUGCUAAUUGCUCUCACCAACCACGGGGCCAUUCUCCUACGAUGGUUGAGCAGAAACAAGUCUAUUUUUUUUAUUGCUGAGUAUAAAAACAAUGUCCUUCAAGUACUGAAGGUCUUUAAUCUAUUUAUACCACGAAUUGUUGGUUUCAAUCUCCUGGUAGUGUGUGGUUUAAUGAUACUGUUAUUGCUGUGCAUAUAUGUGUGUGUAUAUACAGAUAUAUGAACUCACCAUAUUUUCAAUAAAUUCAUUAACUGGAUGAUGCAA